AUGAUAUUUUUUCUUUUACUAUAUUUUUUUCCAUAUAUUCAUGGUGAUUGUCUCGAAUUUACUAAUAAUCUCUUAAUAAACGAAUGUUUAAUUAAACAAAGUAUUAAUCAUAGUACAACUAUCGAAAAUUAUUAUACCGAAUGUUUACAAUGUACAAUUCAAACAUCAAUUAAAUCUGAUUAUAUUAAAUUUGAAGAAAAUAAUCAAUGUUUAACAAUAAAACUUCAAUGUAUUCAAUUAAUAUUUAAUACACAAGAUAUUUUCGAAGAUUUUUUUCAAUUACAUCAACAAUAUAUUUAUGAUUUAUUUCAUAAAGAUGAUAAUAGUAUAAAACAAAAUACUUUACAUAUUAUAAUUAAAGAAAUUCUAUUUGAAGAAAUUAAUAUUGAAUAUAUUGAAAGAAUAUUUCAAUUUCAAUAUCAAGCAUAUCGUGUAUUACUUAUUGAAUUAUAUUUACAAAAUUCUCAUAUAAAAAUUCAUUAUAAUCUUCAUAAUAUAACACGUUUAUCAAUGAAAAUAAUUAUUAAUUGUGGAAAUGAAAUAACAUCAUUACAAACUAUUUAUGUAAUUCAUAAUCAGAAAAUGUUUUUAGAAAGUGAACAAGAAUUUUGUUCAUAUAUUUCUAUUCCGCCAACAUCAACAACAAUUUCUAAUGAAAUAUUAUCUGUAUCACAUGAUAAAUCAAAAGAUAUUAUUCUUAUUAUUUUUCUAUUAACAGGUUUUUUAUUAUGUAUAUUACUAACAUUAUCAAUCUAUUGUUUUAAACGUUUAAGACGAUAUUAUUAUAGAUUAGCUAAGGACAAUGAUAUAUCGAGUGAAUCAACAAUUAGUGAAGAUAUCAGUACGGAUUCAUCGUUAUCAUUAAAUGAAAUACCUAAAUUGACACCAUCAUUACGUGGAGUACGUGCUAUACGAUUACUUGAUGAUGAUAUUUAA